AUGGCCCCUCGAAGUGCUGCUAAGUCGGCGCAGAGUGGCAAGGCUGCUCGUGGAAGGGCAAAGAAGGCAUCACGAUCCCGUACGAAUGUGCCUACUUCCGAAACUGAGGAAACCGUACUCAACGAUACGGCCGAGUCUUCUACGCCUACCAAUUCUGCUAAGUCAAGCAAGAAGACUCCUCCGCGCAAGAAACCGCCCCCUCGUACGCCUGCGAACGAGAACGAAGAUGACGACGGAAGUGAGACUGACGACGAUGACGAUGUUACGAUUACGCACGUAACCAAUUUGAAGGAAUUCGGUCCCCAGGCUGCACAGCUUCUUCCGGAAAAGCUCUUUGGCAUUGCAAUUUCUGAAAUCGACUUUCGCACUUCCGAACCUCGACCUCUCGUAUUGCGUACUAAGAAGUCGAAGGAAAAGAGUGAGAUUGAGUACGUUCUCAAUUUUACUAGUACGCAGAACUGCGACGCUAUGCUUCGCUAUCUCUUUGGCGAGGAGGUAAUGGACGACGAUGGCAACCCCAAGGUGUGCGAGAAGUGUUUGAAGGGCAACGGAGCACUAAUUGGCUGUAUUGUUGGAAACGGUGCCUCCUCCUGUGCCAAUUGUGAUUGGAAUCGCUCUGGUGCCGCCUGCUCCUUUACGAACUCUCCCCGCAAGCGUAAGCAUGCCAAGAGCGACGACGAGGACGAUGACGACAGCGGCUCAGACAUCUUGGAGGGUAUUGACCGCAAGACCUGCCUCAAGAUUGCUGCUAUCUUCCGUAAGGCUACUGACAAGAAGAAGAAGAAGCAUACUUGA